UCCAUGGCCGCCUCCGCCUCCGAUCACUCUCCGGCCACCACCACCCGCCGCGACGCCUCCUACAGCCGCAAGCAGAAAUCCCUAAGCCUCCUCUGCUCCAACUUCCUCGGCCUCUACAACCGCGACGACGGCGCCACAGUCCUGAUCGGCCUCGACGACGCCGCCUCCCGCCUCGGCGUCGUCCGCCGCCGGAUCUACGACAUCGUCAACGUCCUCGAGAGCGUCGGCCUCCUCUCAAGAAAUUCCAAGAACACCUACACCUGGAAGGGCUUCGCCGCCGUCCCCGACGCCCUGAAGGAGCUCCAACAAGAAGGCCUGGAUCUGACUCCGGCGGACGAGAACAACAAGAGGGAGAAGUCGCUGGCGCUCCUGGCUCAGAAUUUCGUCAAGCUAUUCGUCUGCGCCGGAUCGGAGUCGAAGUCGAUCUCGCUGGAUGAGGCGGCGAGGCUUCUGCUCGGAGUCGGAGAUGCGCAGAAUGUCUCGAUGAUGAGGACGAAGGUGAGGAGGAUCUACGACAUUGCGAAUGUGCUGUCAUCGGUGGAUUUGAUCGAGAAGACGCACACGGCGGACACAGGGAAGCCGGCGUACCGGUGGUUGGGGCUGAAUGGGAGAAGAGAAGGCCUUGAUUUGAAUUUGGAGCCUCCGAAUUCGGAGCAGGGGAGGAAGAGAAGCUUUGGUACUGAUCUGACUAAUGUGAGCUGUAAGAGGAGUAAGGCGGCCGAGAAGGCGAAGCGAGAUGAAGGAGGAGAGGCUGAGAAGUGCUACCAGUUUGGUCCUUUCGCUCCGGCGACGGUUAGUAGGUCUGGUGUGGACAUGAAUAAGGUUUGCUGGGAGAGUUUGGGAGCUUAUCGCCGGCCGCAGUAUCACAACCAAGCGAUGAAGGAGCUGUUUUCGCAUUACGGGGAAGCGUGGAAGUUGUGGAACUCUCAGGUUGCCGAGAAGAAUCCGAUUCCGAGUUCUUGACGGUUACUUCAAGGUACAUUGCCUUGGUUUUCGAUUCUCUGAUUGUUUUGUUGGCUCGACAAAGAAGAGAUGGGUCACCUGUAAUGAAGUGGCUGUCUUCCUCAGGGUACGUGCCGGCAUAUUGUCAGCUCAUUCAAUACUGCUUUUGGUUAACCUGAUUGACAAUACUGUGGUGUAUUUCCUAUACUUGUACUCUCAGCUUUCCUCAUUUUGCAAGGAAUACAAUCUACUGCUUGUUUGCUAAAACUUGCAAAACUUGAAGUUAAAAUAUUGGUGAAUUGAAGUUGGGUAUGA